AUGUUAGAAAGAGAAGACAUUCCAUUUAUGGUGGUGUUCGUGGCUACCAUUUUAUUGGGCACUACGGGGAAUGUCAUCGUGCUUUUCGCGUUCAUCAGCAACGCAGUGAAACACAGGCGUUUCCCGCCGCUGGACAGAGUGAUUGUGAACAAGACCUUCGUCAACUUGCUGCUCUGCUUCUACCAGGGCGUCCCGCGAGUGCUGAUGUUCUACGGCGUCGAGCUAUUCGAGGAGACGAGCUGUAUCAUCCUGGUCUAUCUGAGCUCCUCACUCAGGUCCAUCAGCAUCUGGACAGUCUCCAACCUCAGCUUCCUCCACUUGAUCAAGAUUAGCAGACCCCGCUGCGCUCUGGCCAGCUACAUCAGCAGCCAUCAGAGCGGAUACGUCAACGUGACCAUCAGCGCCUUGUGGCUCACCAGCUUCAUCUUCUACAUCCCCUACACGCUGGACAAGAUCAUUCACCUGUCGCAGGAGAACGAGUCCAGCCCGGUAAAGUACAUACCCAGUUCCAGCUGCAACGGCUUGUCCACCAGCCCCGCCUCUGACAUCGUGACCUACAUCUCGGUCAGCCUGGACCUCAUCGCCAUCCUUUGGGUGGUAGCUCUGAACGCUCUAAUCAUCCAACUUCUCUGCAAGCAUCAAAGGCGAGUGGCGGCGGCGGGUCAGGGCAUGAAUUCCGCCAGCAAGACCCCGCUCCAGGCGACCCGCAUUCUUGUUUCCUUGCUCUGCAUCUAUGUGGCCUGCUGGAUCUCCAGCGAUAUCGUCUGGAUCAUGUUGAUAGCGAGGAUAACCCCCGACCAAGCUCGGGGUCAGACUCUGAAAUACACCUCCAGUUUCCUCUCUUCUCUCUACUACUCCGCCAGCUCGUACGUCCUGGUUUUCGGGCACAGGAGCGUAAAAGAGGUGUUCGAUCCGUUCUGCAAACGCUUGAAACAGAGAAAAACGACGCAUUUUCAAGAUGUGGAGAUAUAG